AUGAGAACUCACAUCACCGCCGAUCCUUCUUCUCUCUCACUAAAAUUUAGGGCGAUGGUGGGAUCAUCACCGGCAGUGGCAACACCGUCGUCUAAGAUGCAUAGGAAUCUGGCUGCUACUCCCAGCGGUUCCAGACUUCGGGAUGAGAAUAGAAAUAUUGUUGCUACUCCAGGCGGUUCCAAAAUUCGGGAGGAGAAAAUUAGGGUCACUGUUCGGAUGAGGCCACUCAACAGGAAGGAACAAGCCAUGUAUGAUUUAGUUGCUUGGGAUUGUUUGGAUGAGCAAACCAUAGUGUUCAAGAAUCCAAAUCAAGAGAGACCUGCAAUACCAUACACUUUUGAUAGAGUUUUUGCUCCUGCAUGCUCAACUCAAAAGGUGUAUGAUGAAGGGGCUAAAGAUGUUGCUUUAUCAGCACUUUCAGGAAUCAACGCAACAAUAUUUGCUUAUGGGCAGACCAGCAGUGGUAAGACAUUCACGAUGAGAGGGAUCACAGAAAAUGCUAUUAGGGACAUCUAUGAUUACAUCAACAAUACACCGGAUAGGGAUUUUGUUUUGAGAAUCUCUGCUUUAGAAAUCUAUAAUGAGACUGUCAUAGACCUUCUUAAUCGUGAUUCUGGUCCUCUACGGCUAUUGGAUGAUCCCGAGAAAGGGACUAUUGUGGAAAAGCUGAAUGAAGAAGUAGCCAAGGAUGGUCAACAUCUAAGGCAUUUAAUUAGCGUCUGUGAAGCUCAUAGGCAAGUGGGGGAAACUACUUUAAAUGAUAAAAGUUCAAGAUCACAUCAAAUAAUCAGGCUGACUGUAGAGAGCUUCCUUCGUGAAAGUGCAGACCGUGUAAAAUCUUACAUAGCCAGUUUGAAUUUUGUGGAUCUUGCUGGAAGUGAACGUGUAUCUCAAACAAAAACAUGUGGAACAAGAUUGAAGGAAGGAAGCCACAUUAACAGAAGUUUAUUAACACUUGCAUCAGUCAUCAGGAAGCUAAGUUGUGGAAUACAUGGUCACAUACCAUAUAGAGAUUCAAAACUGACACGGAUAUUGCAGUCUUCACUUGGGGGAAAUGCUCGAACAGCGAUUAUAUGCACCGUUAGUCCAUCCUUAAGUCAUGUGGAGCAAACAAGAAAUACACUAUCUUUUGCUACCAGUGCAAAGGAAGUUGUUAAUACUGCCCGAGUGAAUAUGAUUGUUUCAGAAAAGACGCAAGUUAGAGAAUUGCAAAAAGAAGUUGCAAGGCUUGAAGGAGAGUUAAAAAACCCUGAACUGUCUGCACAUGCAUGUCUAAGGUCUUUGCUAGCUGAAAAGGAAUUGAAAAUUCAGCAGUUGGAAAAGGAUAUGGAAGAUUUGAGGCGACAGAGAGACAUUGCACAAAGUCAACUGGAUCUUGAAACACGAGCAAAUAAAGUUCAGAAGGGAACAAGUGAUUGUGGGCCCUCGAGUCAAGUUGUCAGAUGUCUUUCUUUUGCUGAAGAAACUGAAUUAGCUAGUGGUAACCAUACUCCAGAGAGAAGGGUAACAGUAAGCAGGCAGGCAAUGCUGAAAAAUUUAUUGGCUUGUCCUGAUCCAUCGAUACUUGUGGAUGAAAUUCAAAAGCUUGAACAUCGGCAGCUACAACUCUGUGAGGAUGCAAACCGAGCACUUGAGGUUCUGCAUAAGGAUUUUACAACCCAUAAUCUUGGAAAUCAAGAAACAGCUGAAACCAUGUCGAAAGUACUGUCUGAAAUAAAAGACUUGGUAGCUGCUAGUUCUACAGCAGAAGAAAUCGUGAAAGCAGAUAAGACCAACCUGAUGGAAAAGAUCACUCAGUUGAAAAAUCAAGGGAACACUAUUUCAUCUUUAGAAAGGAAGCUGGAGAAUGUUCAGAAAUCUAUAGAUAAGCUGGUAUCUGCUUUUGGUACCGAGGAGACUCCAGACAGUAAAACCCAGCAUAGAAAGAAGAAAAAUCUUCCUUUCAGCUUAAACAACAGCCCCAGUAUGCAACACAUAAUACGAGCUCCUUGCUCGCCUCUCUCUUCUCGUAAAGCAAUGGAACGUGAAAUUGAGAACAGAGUUCCCAACAUUUUAUCCUCUGGCGGUGAUACUUCAGCAAGGUUUCAUAAAGAUACCCCGCGAAAAGAUGAUGAAAGCUGUGGUUCUAUUGUAUCACGGGAAGGUAGCCCUGCUUCGCGGCAAUCAAAAUCAGUAAAUGUAAAGAAAAUUCAGAAAAUGUUCAAGAAUGCUGCUGAGGAGAACAUUCGAAGUUUUAGAGUUUAUAUUACGGAGUUAAAAGAGCUGGUGGCUAAAUUGCAUUACCAGAAACAACUUUUGGUUUGCCAGGUUUUGGAGCUUGAAGCAAACAAGUCUGUAACCGAAGAAAUGGAUACAACUGAUCAAUCUCCUUUAUCAUGGCACAUGCAAUUUACACAGCAGAGAAAUCAAAUUAUCAUGUUAUGGCAUUUGUGCCACAUUUCUCUGGUGCACCGAACACAAUUUUAUCUUUUGUUAAGAGGAGAUCCUUCUGAUCAGGUGUAUAUGGAAGUUGAACUUAGAAGGUUGACUUGGCUGGAACAGCAUCUGGCAGAGCUUGGGAAUGCUAGUCCAGCUCUUCUAGGUGAUGAACCUGCAGACUCAGUUUCGGCAAGCAUCAAAGCGUUGAAGCAGGAAAGGGAAUAUCUUGCCAAGAGGGUUAGCAGACUUACCACAGAGGAGAGGGAACUGCUUUAUGAAAGAUGGGAAGUUCCUCCGGUAGGAAAACAAAGGAGGUUGCAAUUUGUUAAUAAAUUAUGGACUGACCCAUAUAACAUGAAACAUAUAAAAGAAAGUGCAGAAAUUGUAGCAAAAUUGAUUGAUUUUUGUGUAUCGAAUGAAAAUAGCAAGGACAUGUUUGCUUUGAACUUUUCUAGCCCUUAUAAUAGGAAAACAUGGGCAGGGUGGAACUUUAUUUCAAAUCUUUUGAAAUUGUAA